CAGUGGGCUUGGCUGUGUCCGGGUGUCCCUGUCACUCAGCGCUCCGGAGAUGAUCCCCAGCGGGUACCUGCGAGGGGCCCCGGAGAGUGCCGACCGCAUGCCCAGGUCCGCUCUGUGUGCGCUCAUCUUCCUGGCGGUGGCUCAGGUGGGCUGCACUCUGGGACUGUUCCUCUACUUCAAGGCACAGGUGAGGGGCCCGGGGGCCACAUUGUGUGACAUUCACUGUAUAGAAACUCUGUAUUACCUUAAUAAUGACAGCUACAUAGAUUAUCUGUGUGCCACUAUAUUACAAUGGAUAACAGCGACAGCUGUGCAAUAGACACAUUUCAGGAAAUUCAAUGUUAUUAUUAGUAUAUUUUCUGUCAAAUAAAUAUAUAUCUAUAUACACACACAAACAUAUAUAUAGCUGUUGACAAAUACAAUACACAAUAAACAAUGGCAAAUAAGGCGUAUCAUAAUAUGACGGAUGUUAAAGGGAGAGUAAAGAACUCUACGUUAUUGCUUACUAUACACCAUUGUUAGAAUGGACGAGAAUAUCUUCAGUGCUGAUCUCUGGGAUAUAAAGAAUGUACUAUCAUUGUAUUGUACAGUACAGCGGUAGAAUAAAGUGAAAGUAUAAUGCUCUAACGCUGGAAGCGGUUUUAAAAAGUUUGUCAAAACGAAUUACCAGAAGUAUACCCUCCAGCCACUGUCUGUCAAGCUGUGAAGGGGAAUAUGGCAUUACAACAUGCACUGGUACUAAUCAGGUAUUACUGGAGAUGUUUUUUUUUUUUUUUUUAUCAUACAGGAAUCAUGAAAGUCUGAAACUUUACUUUCUUGGUGUCCCCUAACAAAGGAGAAAUGUAUCAGACUUUAUAUAUUCAUAGAAUUAGCUUUAUUCAGUGCAAAGCAACAUGAGAUGUGACCACUAAAUCUGCAGUAAUAUAAGGGCCAAAGCUGACAGGUUUGGAAACAAAUGAAUCUUUGCUUUGCUGGUGAUGCACGCCCCCCCUACUACUACUAGUGUAUUCUAAAUUAGGAAAUCCGCUAGUCAAAUUAGUCAUUGAUUAGCAAAUACAUCUCUCAUGCAUGUAUUUUGUUUUGGCCAUUAUAAUAUGCAAUACUUAUUUGCAUUCUUCUUGAAUGAAUUUUCGUUUUCAGUCUUUUGUAAAAAAAAAAAGAAAACCAAAAGACUUUGAAAUAACUUUUAUACCAACCGAAGGCCAAUCUUAUUACUUUUUUAAUUCUGUAUCUGUAAUUAUUUACAUUAUAUAAUGUGUAUAAGAUAAAUCAUUAAAGGACCACUAUAGUGCCAGGAAAACAUACUCGUUUUCCUGGUACUAUAGUGCCCUGAGGGUGCCCCCACCCUCAGGGUCCCCCUCCCGCCCGGCUCUGGAAGGGGAAAAGGGGUAAAACUUACCUUUUUCCAGCGCUGGGCGGAGAGCUCUCCUCCUCCGAUCCUCCUCUUCUCCUCCCCGUCGGCUGAAUGCGCACGCGCGGCAAGAGCUGCGCGCGCAUUCAGCCGGUCACAUAGGAAAGCAUUCAUAAUGCUUUCCUAUGGACGCUGGCGUGCUCUCACUGUGAAAAUCACAGUGAGAAGCACGCAAGAGCCUCUAGCGGCUGUCAAUGAGACAGCAGCUAGAGGAAUAGGGGAAGGCUUAACCCAUUCUUAAACAUAGCAGUUUCUAUGAAACUGCUAUGUUUAUGAAAAAAUGGGUUAACCCUAGCUGGACCUGGCACCCAGACCACUUCAUUAAGCUGAAGUGGUCUGGGUGCCUCGAGUGGUCCUUUAAACUAGAAUUUGUAAUGAUUUCACCAGGGAAUUACAAUUUAUUUUACCAAACAACUGAGAUAGAAAAGUGAUUGGAUUCCAUGUUUUGCAGUUUAUCUAUAUUGGACCUUCAGUUUGCAAUUCCAAGUAAUUACCAGUGUAGCAAAUAACCAUGCUUGUAGAAGGUGUAAUAUGUUGAUGUGAUGCUUUUAAAAGUCUCUCAGUGUAAUGUUAUUUAGACAAACCUUAGACUUGUGGGCAACUAAGUGGUUGAUAGAACGUGUUAUUUUUCACUGUUUUGUCUUUACCAACAUCUUAAGUACUUGGGAAAUCCAUCUCAGACAUUUAUUAUUAUUAUUAUUAUUAUUAUCGCCAUUUAUAUAGAUUCAACAGAUUCCGUAGCGCUUAACAAUAUAAUGAGAGGGGGGAUUUAACUAUAAAUAGGACAAUUGCAAGAAAACUUACAGGAACGAUAGGUUGAAGAUGACCCUGCUCAAACCAGCUUACAGUCUAUGAACGCAAUGUUUCUUGAGAACGAAAUACAAUUAACUAAUAAUUGAAAAUUCUUUCUUUUUUUUAACGUCAGCAUUUUUUAACCCCAGCAGUUUGUCUUCAUUUUUCUCUCUGCACAUUUCUCUGUUAAGUUGGAAUUCUUACACACAUAAUGUUAGAGCUUCAGUAAAAAUGAAAACCUACUUCCUCCCAUACUAAGAACUUAUCAUUCUUGUCACUUAACUUCCUGGUGUGGUAUUGAGGUAUCAAUACAUUGUGAGUGUAUUUGCUCUGUCAAAGUUUGACACGACUUAACCAUGCUUUGCAGUUUGAAACAACAAAGUUAGUCUUCUAACCACAAAACAAUUGGAAGAUUGGUGUAUUUCUCUUUUGUAAGGGUUCUUUUUUUAAUUGCAACUGUUUUACUGCGUAAGCUCUGACCUCAAGAAAGUCAGUCACAGGAAGUUUGGAGGAAAGAAAUUAAACCAAAAUAAAAUAUAUAAAUCAAGAAAGUGUCUUCUUAGAAGAAGUAAUUUAGAAGCUGUUUGAAUCCUUGCAAAUCUGUAAUAUGUUUCAUGUUUUUACCAAGUGAAAAUAUUUGUAAAAAUCUAGCUUAUGUUCUAUUUUUUUUAUUUUAUAAAUGUGUCCCUGCUUUAAAGUUGUUGUUUUUUUUUAUCUUUACACUAUCUGUGGUAUCUGUUCCUGGUUGCAAUAUCAAAAUGUAAAUUUGCUCCCUAUGCUGUGUAACAAUUAUUUAUAUAGCAGCAACAUAUUCUGCAAAGCUGUACAAUAGGUAAACAAGACAGACAUUUAAUAAAAAAAAAAAACAGGUUUGACAUAUGGAAAUUGUUGUUGAAGAGAGCCUUGCCCAAAGGAGCUUACAAUCUAAAAGCAUGAGAGAGAGGCUAACAGGGAAACAACCAGAGUCCCCUCGUGCUCAUGGCACUUUAUAUUGAACAAUUGCAAUGAGGCUAUAUAACGUUAAUGAAAAAGAAAUUAAAUCCACGAUGCCCCCUGUCUAAAGACGACCCUUAGCUGUUAACUAAUUAUGAUUGAUAUUAUGCCCUAUUACCCAGGCUGUAUUUUGGUCACUGUUUAUUAGCCACAAAUAAAUGUAUUGCUAAUGGGAUAAUUCUGUGUAAAAUAUAAGAUUUUCACAUAUCGGAGAGGCCAGAUGUAAGCAUUUCAAAUGAAUUUGGAGAGACCCAUUUUGAUGCUGUUUUGAGUUAAUUUGGGGUUAGUCUUGCUUAGAGCAGAGAUUCCAUUCAGGAGCUCCUCAUCCUGUUCACAUUUGCCAUGGGGGGAUUUAUGUUUAGGUGAAAAUAGAGAAUUUGUGCAAUUUGCUCCAAUCACAAACAUGUUAAUUCUGAAUAUGUAUUGUUUCUAGAGCAUAAUACAAAGUAAGGGGCCAAUUACUCUCAGGGUAAUAUUGUAUGUGAUGACUGUAGAAGAUAAACCAGGUUCCCAGCUUUCAUGUUUGUAUCUCUUGGCUUCCUUACUGUAAAGGAAGUGGUAAAUGGAGAUUAGCAUUUUAUAAGCAGAAAAGAAAAUCCUCUUUAUUUUCCAAAUUUUAAUAUAGCAAACAAAGAUCCCUGUCUCUUAUUGUUGCUAAUAUGUUCAAAGUUCGCAUAGAUAUAUUUUUAAAAUAUUUUGUGGUUGUAGAGGAGAGACUCCUACUCACGGUAAAUAAAACAUUAAGCUGAGUGAGUAAUAGUGGAGUUUGUGUGGGCACUGCUUGAAGAUUCAGACCGGUUAGACAAUGAGGGGAAAAUCCGUCCUGCCUUCUACACACAGUCUAAAACCUCUGAUCUAGGUAGGUGAAAUCAUUACGUGAAGCACUGCAUCCUGUUUAAUUCUGAGGAGUUACAGGACUGUAGGAACCAACAUGACUUAAAUGGACUCUAUCACCUUAAACUUACCUUUCUCCUAUUGUUUCCUCUUCUCUUCCUCUUUCAGAAUCUGUUCUUUAUUUCUGAUCUAUUUCUCUAUAAAACACAAGAUAAAGUAGGGACCUCUUUGUUGUGUGUAUUUUCUUCCUAAAUAAAUGUGACAAAGGGUGGCGUUUACGGCAAGCAACACUUUCUUUGUCAAGUUUUUCAGGUGUAGGAGACAAAGCCUCAACUUUGUCUUAUGUUUUAAAAAGAAAGCAUUCAGAAAUUAAGAAAAGAACAAAUUCUAACAGAGGAAGAAAAAGGGGAAACAAUUGAAGAAAAGUAAGUUUGUGGUGAAAGAGUCACUUUAAGUGCAUUUAAAAGAUUUUGACCUCCCUCUCAUGCCGUGCUUUUCAUCAUGUUCAAAUAUCAUUAGUUUUGCUAAAAAAAAAAAAAAAAACUGUUGCAAUUUUCUGCGUUUUAACACUGUUUCCUUAGCCUUGAUCCUUCUAUUUGCAAAGCAACUUCCUUUUUAGACGUAUAUUCAGAAGCCAAUGUGUGAGUUUCUACAAUCGCUAGACACACAGACAUUCCCAUAGGGAUAUGUGUACAGUGAAAAUGGCAUAAUCCCACCCCAAAAGUGAAUAGUGGUGAAAUAAUAGAAUACAAAAGACACCCUGAGACUCUAUCUGUCUCUCACAUGGGCAAUAUGUAUUUUAGGGAUAAAGCUAUAAAAAACAAAAAACAACUUUAUUUUUAUUUUUAGCAAAACGAAUGAGAUUUGAGCAGGGAAAAAAAACAGAGCAUAAGUAUUAGGAAAAAUCAAAUGCGUCUAUGGAAGGACACUUCAAGCACUAUAACAAGGGUAGGCAACUUUCAGCGUUUCAGAUUUCUGGACUACAUCUCCCAUAAUGCUCUAACAGCCAUAAUGCUGACAAAGCAUCAGGGAAAAUGUAGUCCACAGCACCUGGAGUGCCAAAGGUUGCUUACCCCUGCACUAUAACCAGCUCUCUGUAGUGGUUAUGAUUUGGUUCCAGAAGUGCCCCAAUGCCCUCCCCAAUUGUAAGUAGUCAAACUGUGUUGUUUUUUUUGUGUGUAUUUUUUUUUACUGUUUUUUUUAUUUUUAUUUUUUGAGAUGCCAAUACUAACUUCAGAAAGCCAGAGGCUCCUAAGAAGGAGCUUUAAUUUGCUUUCCUGAGCUACGACCUGUGUUUCAGGGUGUAUAUUAUUGGUUGAACGUGAUCAUGUCCUAAGCAGGAGCAUCCAUGAUCUCUCCUGAGCUUUCAUAGACUCUCCUGAGCUUUCAUAGACUCUCCUGAGCUUUCAUAGACUCUCCUGAGCUUUCAUUGACUCUCUUGAGCUUUCAUUAGCUCUACUGAGCUUUAAUUAGCUCUACUAAGCUUCCAUUAGCUUCCCUGAGCUAAGCCUUGCAAUGCAGGACUAGUAAAUUCCCUGAAAGCAUCAGCUGAUAAGUUUGCUCAGACAGAGAACUCCUGGAUCUCCAUCGAGAAGUAGCGGCAUGUGGCAGAUCCCAGGUAAGAAAUAAAACCAAUCUAAAAAGGUUUGACACUUACAAUGGUUGGGCACUAGGACACUCCUAGAACCAGAACCACUGCAGUUUGAUGUAGUAGUUAUGAUGCUUGGAGUGUUCCAUUAAUUGUAUUUGUAGCUCAUUCAUAUUAUAAUUUUUUUGAAGGUUUUUACAUUAGUUACAUUAUUUUAUAUUUUUGCUGUAAUGGUCAUAUGGUAGUGAAAUAAAAUUGGCUAUUGAACAUAGUUUAAUUUUUCAUGAAUGCACAUCCACUCUGAUGUGAGUACUACCUACUAAAAAAGAGCAGUCAGAGUAUUUAAUGCAACUCAACAUACAUUUCCUAUGCUUCCGUUCUCAUUUUGGGCAUAAUGCCAAGGUGAGUUGCUAAUGAAGUCAAUGUAGAUUCGUCAGUUCCAGUUGUAUACUUUAACAGCAAAAAGUGUGAAAAGUGCAUUUUACACACAGGUUAUACAUAAAAAAAAAAAAAAAAGAACAAAAAAGCCCACACAUAUUUAGAGAAGUGGAAAUGUAUAUGUAAAACGUGUGGGGUGUGCCCAUUUUUGCUUUCAUAACUCCGGGAAGGCUGCGUAUUAGAAUUGUCACAUUUAAAUAACUUCAAAACUCUUAAAAGUUUUGCUUCUUUUUUUUUUUUUUGCUCCUGCUUUUGACAUCUUUGAAAUGUAUGAAUAGUUCAUGGGUUAAUGCUCCUGAUACAGUAUGUGUUGGAAUAGUUCAUGGGUUAAUGCUCCUGAUACAGUAUGUGUUGUAAUAGUUCAUGGGUUAAUGCUCCUGAUACAGUAUGUGUUGGAAUAGUUCAUGGGUUAAUGCUCCUGAUACAAUAUGUGUUGGAAUAGUUCAUGGGUUAAUGCUCCUGAUACAGUAUGUGUUGGAAUAGUUCAUGGGUUAAUGCUCCUGAUACAGUAUGUGUUGGAAUAGUUCAUGGGUUAAUGCUCCUGAUACAGUAUGUAUUGGAAUAGUUCAUGGGUUAAUGCUCCUGAUACAGUAUGUGUUGGAAUAGUUCAUGGGUUAAUGCUUCUGAUACAGUAUGUGUUGGAAUAGUUCAUGGGUUAAUGCUCCUGAUACAGUAUGUGUUGGAAUAGUUCAUGGGUUAAUGCUCCUGAUACAGUAUGUGUUGGAAUAGUUCAUGGGUUAAUGCUCCUGAUACAGUAGGAGCAUGGUAUGUUUUGUACCAGCUUAUAAUAAUUAUUAAAGGCGCCAGGAGUGCCCAGAGCCGCUGACUGUUUUGAACGGUCUGACUCCUUAUCUGCAGUCCGCUGGGUCCCAUUCUCCACCUCCACUACUAACUACGGAGAGCCGUAAGCUCCUAAGCAGUUUUGACAAUUUACCUUGCAUCCUCUGGUUGCUGGUCUCAGUUUCUAGUGGAACCGGAAGCUCCCUACACGGAACUUUUGUCAACCACUCUGAGCGAAACCCUAGAUUGCAGGGCUGGUUCAUCGGCUGUUUGCAUCAGCUGAGAGACUUGGUCCCCAGGACAUACUUGCGAACAAGAGAAAUCUCAAUGUAUUCUUCCUGGUAAAACACUUUCUAAAUAUAUAAAGGAAGUAAAAAUCUUUUAUGUGUAAGUAUGGGAGUUUGUGAGUGACUUUUGGGGUUUGUGGUGGUUACUUUGUGCCCUGCGAUGAAAGUGACAAAUGCAGCAGAAGUCUUGAAGAAUAGGCGAAGAGCAGACUACUCAUCCUACAUAUGCGUGUCACCGGGGACCUGCACACCACGGACACACUUCUCAUUGGUGGCAUCAGUACAGAGCAGGAACGUGUAUUCUCUUUCCCUUACAAAGCUGCAGCACCAGGAAUGCACCCCACUUCAUAUUGAUCAGCUUGGGGGGAGGAAGUUUUAGUUCAUUGCAAUAAUUUAUUAGGCUUGUAACAAUUUAAAUGUCAAAAUUUGUUCAAAUUUUAUGCUGUUCCUUUUCAUUAAGAUAUAGCCUUAAAUAUGGCUAUAUCUUAAAAAGGUCUAGUUACCAGUGGGGUACUUCGGGGAUCUGUACUUGGACCCAUUCUCUUUAAUGUUUUUAUUAGUGAAACACGUAAAGGGAAUCAACACAGUAAAGAAGGAGACUAUGUUUAAAAGAAGAAAAACUACCACUACAAGAGGAAACAGUCUUAAAUUAGAGGGGCAAAGGUCUAAAAAUAAUUUUAGGAAGUAUUACUUUACUGAGAGGGUAGUGGACGCAUGGCAUGGCGCUCCAGCUGAUGUGAUAGAAGUCAACACAGUGAGAGAGUUUAAGCAUACAUGGGAUAGUCAUAAGGCUUUCCUAGCUAUAAGAUAAGGCCAGGGACUAAUGAAAGUAUUUAGAAAAUUGGGCAGACUAGAUGGGCCAAACGGUUCUUACCUGCCAUCACAUUCUAUGUUUCUAUGAAAAAGGAAGAGAAUUGUGAACCAUGAGUGCUGAAUAUUUAAUGAAGACUUGGGCAUAUCCACGACAGUGAAUUUAAUGUCACCCAAGAAUUAGCAUUAUAAUCUGGAGUGGAAUAAACUGCACUGCUGGAUCAUUGAUGGAGAAAAGAACAUGUCUGAAGCGAAUUUCCCAUGUGGUCAAACAUUUCUUGAAGAAUGCAGCCUGAGCAGUUUCCAAAUUUGAAGCAAUUUGCUUGCAGAUUUGUAUCAGUUUCUGGUACAACAUACCUAUGUGAACAAACAUUUUUUAGAUUGAAGUAUGUCAAGUCCAACUAUCGAGCAAAUGUAUCUGAUAAGCACCUGAUGUCCAUUCUAAUUGGCUCAUCAAGCCUGAAACCUCAUUUUGGCAAUAUUUUGAAAUAAAAAAAAGCAUUUCCAUUGAUAUUGUUUUAUAAGUUUGUGAUUUGUUGUGCCAAAUAAAAUGUAUUCAUUAAUUUAUAAAACUGAUAUUGGCCCUUGAAAAUUAGUAAAUUAUAUAUUGAAAAGUUUGGAGACCACUGCUCUACAAUAUGAUGAUCUUAUUCAUUACAACUAAAUUAGUGCACAAUUUCGAUUCAAUUUACAAUAUAAAGUAGUGUUUCUGAUGCUUGUUCUUAACAUGGUGUCAUAUCUAAAGUAAAUUUAAAAACCACAUAAGUGCGUUCAUAUGAAAUGGCUCCAUGUUUGAAAUAAGGAAAAUAAAAACAUCCAAACUUUCAAUUUGUCAACUAUUUUGUUUUUCAGAUAGAUUCUACCCGGAUGUCCGACAAAGAGCUUCAGUGCUGGAGAGCCAUCAUGAAAAUGGGAAAUCCAUUAAACUCAAAGUGCUGUGAUGAUGAUAACGUGCAUGAGUGUGAAGGAGUGGAGCAGGCAUCCAAUUCAGCCGUAGAAAAGGUAUCUUAGCUUUAACGCAAUAAACAUAUGAUAAAUAUUACUUAACCAUUACAACAGUUUCAGUUACCAUGAGAAUGUAAAAGUUAAAGGACCACUAUAGUGUCAGGAAAACAAACUUGUUUUCCUGACACUAUAUAAUCCUUAGUUCCUCCCCCCCCCCACCCUCAGGGUCCCCCUCUCGCUGGGCUGAAGGGGUGUAAACACCUUCAGCUACUUACCUUUAUCCAGCGCUGGGCUCCUUCGGCGCUGGUGACCUCUCCACCCCCUUCGACGUCAGCUGCCGAAUGCGCAUGCGCAGCGCAUUUCUCAAUGAUUUCCUACAGACGUUCUGCGUGCUAAAUGCUAUUUUCGCAUUGAGCGCCAGGUAAGCGCCUCUAGCGGCUGUUAGGAAGACAGCCACUAGAGGCUGGAUUAACCAGCCUGGGGGUCCUGGCACCCAGAUCACUUCGUUGAGCUGAAGCGGUCUGGGUGACUAUAGUGGUCUUUUAACUGCACCCUAUCCCAAAUCACUACGCACAUGUAAAUCUUAGAGGUCCUUAGUGCCUCUGUAACGGUCAUUAAAGAGUAAGCUCACUUGACUCAUAAAAGCAAACUUCCUACGCCAACAUUUUACCAUGCUACCUUUAGCUAAAAGGCAAAAUCUCUAAAAAGACAAACUAACCAACCAUCAAUAGGGCACACUCGAGGUGUGCAUCAGCACUGUAACAUUACUGUAUAAUAGAAAAGCAAAUAAAACACACACAGAAAUAAGACCUGUGGUCAAACUCUCUAACAAUUCUCCUUGCUGUCCUCAGCUGAAAGCAGCAAAAUGAAUUGUUAUAGCAAUUAUAUAACUUUGUCUUGAUGUGGCAAAUGAGGUAGCACUUUAAUGACCAUGCAAUGAUGUUAAAAAACUCAGUUACUUAAGUGUGCAUAUGGUUUGUGGGUAAUGCACAGGCAACUUUUUAUGUUUUGGUUUUUAUCUAUUUGGAGCUCUGGUCGCUCCACUGAUCAAAGACCUGCCAAGGGCUGGGUCAUUGGCUGAGUGUGUCAGCUGAAUGAGAGAGUUCACACAGGCACUCCUGGCUAUGAAUGAUAUAAUGGCUGUAGUAGAUUUUGGUGCAUAUAUUGUUCCUUUAGCCAUUUCAGUUCUACAGCCAAGAGAGGCAAUAGAUUAAACUAAUUCAAGUACACAAAUACUUUAAAAUAAAAUGUUGAGGGACUAUAGCAUAGACAAGCAAAUCCACAAUGAGCCCCCAUGAAAAAGAAGAAAAAUAUACAAUGGACCCAAUAUUUGGAGGUUUUAUGAAUGAAGAGCCUUGUGUUUAAAAAACUGUUUGCUCAUAUUUGGAGACUCCAGAAGCUUAUGCAAGUCUGUGGAUACUGGAGAACUGGAAAAAACUUUUAAGUUAAAAAAAAAUAAAUUCUCAAAUUAGCUGGUUCCACUUGGCUGUUUGGGUCUAAAAUUUUAAAUUCACUUUAAAUUCCAGACAAUUAAUAUUUUAGUAGAUAAUGCCGUGCAAGUAACUCUGAUAUUUCAUAAAAGUGGUACAAUGAUGUUUGUCUUCCAUAUGGUAGUGCAUACAAGGUGGGGGCAAUGUGUCGUGUCUGUAUAAAUGUGAACUUAUUGGUAAAAUCCAUUCAAGUUAACAUUGCUUUAAAAAAAAAAAAAGUUCUGUCUGGUUUUUUUUUGUGUUUUUCUGGAGAUCUCAAUUCACCAUUUCCAUAGUUCAAUGCUGAUAGUACUACAACAGACCAAUUAGCAUUACUGCUCCACAUAUUGGCAUUAUUCCUACUAAAGAUCAGUAGAAUCAUGAUAGGACUAUUCCCUUACCUGUGCCUUUAGGACAAUAACUUACUAUGUUUGCUUCCUAAGCCACAAUUUCAUACAUUUAGCUUUAUGAACAUUAGCUACGGUAAGGUCUUGGAGGGCACAUGAGAGGGGCGCCAAUAUCGUAGCUUCCCUCAGUUGGAAAAGGUUGCUUGUUUUGAGAUUUACUUCCCAUAGAAUUAACAUGUGCUAGUGAAUAUUUAUUUUUGCCAAGGUUGGGCAGCAAUGAAAGAUGUUUCCUUUCGAUAUUCCUUAAACCGCAUCCGCAGCUUUGCAGAAACGUGCCCGGUAUAGUUCCUCGUUACAUACACCUUUGCAAAGUGGUUCCUCAUUGCCAUUAUUCUAUCUACUUGACUUCCAUGUUGCCUCAGGUUCAUCCAGCCAAGAUAGCACAGAUUAUUGCAAAAUGUUUUCCUAGAAAGAUUGCACCUGGCUCACUGCCUUUGUUUGCAUACACCUUAAUAAAUGCCAAUGUCCCUCUAAUUGCUUUCUUUAUGAUGGUGAUCUUGCAUGACUCCAAACAGUUCUUACAGAAUAUGAUUAUUCUUUAUUCACAAUGAAAAGUGUUAUUGAUUACCAUUAUUUUCAAAUAAUAACGCUGAAUAAGAGGUAAGGAAACCUUUUGGCCUAAGAGUAAAAACAAAUGAAUUUCCUGUGUGCGAUUGUGGUUUAGCUGUCUGUAUCGUGACUUUCUUUAUCUGUAGUUCAAAUCCAUUAUUUUAGUAUGUGUUCUACGGUUUGAGCAUUAAGCAGUACUAUGCUGCACAGAAAAAGGAAUUUGAUAUUUGCUUACAGAGGUUAUUUUCCUUUCAAAUUAAACAAAUAUGAAGUACACACUGGGCAGACAGGUCAGUUGUGAUAACCAGUUGUUGGCUCUCUGUUUCUACAUUUAUACAUAAAUGUGAUUUAUAUAAUAUAUUUAUGUAAUGAGAUAUAAUAUAUAUAGUUAUGACAAUUUCUUAAUGAAAUGUGUGUAAAUAUUAAUUGUAGUUGGUGUUUGAUUUUGUAGGUGGACGUGUGUAUAUUUGUGUGUGCAAUAUAGGAAUGUGUGUGAACGUGUGGAGACAAAGGAUACACUAUAUAAUACUGACCCCCAGUUAGCCAGCACAGGAUCUAGGUUUCUGGUUAUAAUAAAUAUGAUUUAAAAUAUUUACUACAAAUGAAUCAUCCCUUUGCAUAUUAAGUACAUUUUUAAAAAAUGUUUUUCUUUAAGGUAAUACAAGCUGUGGAACCCGAAAGACGAAUUCACGCAGGCAGUGGUAAGUCAAAUGUAAAUCUUAUUAAAGCUCUAUUUGACGUAUGCAGAUUUAGUGUUUAUUUUCUGUUUCAUUAUUAUUUCUCAGAUGUGAAGGACAUAUUACACACACUAAAGAACAUCAAUCGUCGUAAAGGGCACGAAGUUGCACAUCUUACCAUUCAUAACAUCACAUGUAAGUUCAAGUUAAACACUGUUUUUAUUUAUUUAUUCUAAUUUUCUUUGCACUGACUAUAUAUCAAAGUUGGACUGAUAAUGUGGAAGUUUGCAGCAGCGGGGCUUGGAUUUAGGUACUUGGAGAGUAGCAGAGGGGCUUUGUUUUAGGUAUUGGGAGAGCAGCAGAGGGGCCCGGAUUUAGGUACUGGGGAGCAGCAGAGGGGCCUGGAUAUAGGUGUUGGGAGAGCAGCAGAGCGGCCUGGUUUUAGGUGUUGGGAGAGCAGCAGAAGGGCCGGGAUUUAGGUAUUAGGAGAGCAGCAGAAGAGGCCUGGUUUUAGGUACUGGGAGAACAGCAGAGGGGCAUGGUUUUAGGUACUGGGGAGCAGCAGAGGGGCCUGGAUAUAGGUGUUGGGAAAGCAGCAGAGCGGCCUGGCUUUAGGUGUUGGGAGAGCAGCAGAAGGGCCGGGAUUUGGUAUUGGGAGAGCAGCAGAGGGGCCUGGUUUUAGGUACCGGAGAGCAGCAGAGGGGGCCUGGAUUUAGGUACUGGGAGAACAGCAGGGGGGCCUUGUUCUUUCUCUUUUUCUUCAGUCUUUUUCACUCUUGAAGGAACAUUAUGGUGUCAGGAAUACAUAUACAAUCCAAAAUUACUGUAAACAGUUUUCCGGCUCCCCUCAGAUUGAUGUGAUAAGUUGUUUAAACAUACUAUUUCUCCCUCCCCGCAUCGUUCUAGCCACAUAUGGCCCUGCCUGAGCCCACCUCCAUGGCUGAGAUCUUCAAUCUUGAUCAUCAAAGCUACUUCGAAGCUUUCCCAUUAGAAAGCAUUGGGAGGCUACUGCGCUUGUGCAGCUAAAUUCUGCGCCAAUCAGCAAUUCCUCGUAGAGAUGCAUUGAAUCAAUGCAUCUCUAUGGGGAACGUUCAACAUGCAGAGCUGUGCAGCAUUGAGAUAGGAAGCACCUCUAGUGGCUGUCAGUGUGACUUCCACUAGAGGUGUUACUAGCCAGCAAUGUAAACACUGCCUUUUCUCUGAAAAGGCAGCGUUUACAGUGCUCAGCCAGCCGGAACAUGCUAUAAACUCCAGGACCACGACAUUAAUCUGCAGUGGUUCUGGUGACUAUAGUGUGCCUUUAACCGCUAUCCCAUUUGAGCCUUUUAAUUUUCCCUGUCUGUCAGAACUUUCUCUUUAUUACUGCAUCUUAGCUCCUUUGACUUUUCUUCUUUAUUGCCAUUUUAAUCUUUGCUGCCUUACAUUUUGGCUUUGUCCCCUACAUUUUUGCUGCCUUACAUUUUGGCUUUAUCACUGUCUCACUGAUCAGUUAUCUGCCUUCUUUUUACAUGUCUGUCUGUUUAACUCCUCCUAUUUUGUAUUGCAAUGUGAAAAAAUAAUUUAACAAAAGUGGUGACAUUAAACAUCAUAUACCAUGAAGUUCUGUGAGUUGGGCUCAUUUUUGGUGCCUAGAGUAUAGUUCUUGCUUGCACUCACUUACUGUGUGAGCGGCCUUUAAGAUACUAUACAUUGUAUAUGAUGUGAUGUCCUGUCCAAAGAAUGAUUAAAAUCCUACAGGGCCCUAUGCAGGUUAUUGUUUUGGGCAAUACUUUUAUUCUUUACAUGGAUGUGGAGAUGCUGAAUUACAGGGCCCCUGUCUAAUCUAUGGUCCCUAGGCAACUGCCCAAGUUCACCUAAGUACUCCAUUCUAAGGGCCAUGCAUGCUCCUGAGGCCUUACUCACAAAACAGGAGGCUUUAUCACACCUGAGAUCCUGAAACCCAUGAGCCCAUUGUCUGCCUGGUGGCUCACAUGCAUGCAUUAUUAUGGCUAUCACUGACAACCUGAAAAGAUCCACCAAUUUUUUUUGAGGAAAUGCCCUUUUUCUCCUUUCCCAUCUGCCAGUGUUUUAAUAGCAUUGUAGUAAUUAAAUAUACGGGGAAGCAGAAUUGUAUCCACAGAUGUUAUCUUCAGACUAAUAUGGCCAAAUUCCUCACACGCCUCAUCUCCUCUUUAUAUUUUAAUGAUUCAGACUUGCAAUUUAGACCACUUGAGCAAUCAUAUUUGACCACCCAGUCAUAGGGUCCAUGAGUGCACUUUGUACAUUACUCGGCUAAAAUUAUUAUAUGAUUUUAACCAAACCGUAGGAUGUUGUGCCAGAGAUGGAUGGGUUCUUUUUUUGUAGUCAUGUGUAAAUAUAUAAUUUUUGCAUUCUGGGUUGCAGUUUCAUUCCUAAAUAAAUACUGACCUCACAACCAACUACUUGUCUAAUCUCCAUGCUCAACCAUUUCUCAUCCUUUUUCCACAUUUUCUUUAUUUAUUCUUUAGCAAAGAGAUUGCCAAAUAAAACUUCCUUACAGAAAUCCUCUUCCGAUGUAUAAAAAACAAACACUUUUAGUUCAUUUUUGUUUUAUAUUGUAAGACAUUAAGGACAGUUCUGGGGUUUCCUCUUUCUCAAUUAGUCCAUCUACUCAUGUUCCAUAUUAUAACAUUUUAUUUUAAAUUCUGGAUGUACGGUCGGGGCAUAACAAUACUUUUUUACAUAGACUGCUGGUCCCCACAAUUUUGGGUAUAAAUUAUUACAGUAUAAUUUAGUAAUGCAUACGAUUAGAUGUUAGCAAAUAUGUUUGAAAAACCUGAAGUGUAAAAUAACUGGCUAUAUGUGCAUUUGUAAGCAAUCUGCUGGCAUAUUUGGGAAGGUAAAUUUCCAACAUGCCAGCAGAAUAUAAGCAUUGUGAGUGCAAUUAUGGCAUAAAGCAAAUGUGACAUUGCAGGCACAUAUUGCAGCUAGUCUUUAUUUGAUCCAAGCUUACUCUACUAUGUGAGAGGGGGGGGUCACAUAAUUUGAAGUCCUUUUGCAUGCAGAAAAAGAUCCAAGAGAAAUAAUCCUAGCUGACCUGGAGAAAUUUGUCACUUUAAUCACAGUACUGCCCAGAAUAAUUGUAGUGCAGCUAAAUAGAUACUUAUCCUUUACUCUCGGAGUGCUCCAUUUACCUCCGAGUUUAUUUUGUUUUCUGAUGGCUCGUAGGUCAUAUUUUGUUUUCAGAGUUUGUACGUUCAAGUUUACCACAAGCAGGCAUGGAGCCCAAAAACACCACAAAAAUGUAUAUAUUUUUUUUUGAAUGUUUACAUUUCUGUUUUGUUCAGUGGUAAGCACAUGCGGUAAUCCAUAACUCUUUAGAGUAUUUUCUAAUCAAGGAUCUGAACAUAGUCUGUGGUUCAACAAGUAAUUCCUGGACCCAAGUAUGAUCAUCCUGAAUCAAAGCUUCCAGCCUUUGUGCAAGCCCUACCAUUUGUAAACAUUAAAUGCUUGAAACGGCCAUGUGACUCAUCUUUGUAAAUAACGGUCAUGUGACGUAUCCUUUGUUGCUUCUGCAACAUUAUUCUUUCUAUCUUCUCCUAUGAUAAUUAUGUUGGAGAGGCAGUGUCUUCACUGUCCCAGCAUUUUGAUCUUUCCAGAAAAUAUGGUGUACCUCUAGCACUGACCUUUCACAUAUAUUCUUUAAAUGAAAUAUACAUUCACUUUGGCUACCAUGGCCGUACAUUUUAAAUUCAUUUUGAAUUCUCACCAUGAAAGUAUCCUUCAAUUGACUUAUUUUCCGAACGUCAUUUUUGUUUGAUGUUUGGAAAGUGUAAUGAUAAAAAUAUAUAUAAUAAUAAUUUUUAUUUCCUGUUGCUGGAUGGCAAAUAUUUUCCAAUGUUGAGCUGUAUGAAAAUGACAAAUUCCUCUGUGGACAAAGGGCAGGAAACAUUUCACAGGAAAUAUUUUAGCAAUGUGAAACCAUUUCAAUGAUAUUUAAUCACCAAAAAGAUGUGGUUUCUAAUACAGAAAUUAUAAUGAAAUAGUAACACUGCCUUAACGAUACUAAUACAGUAUUAUCUUCUUACUUUUUAAGAUGGAGUCUCCAAAGUUAACCUUACGUCCUGGAAAGUCAAAGAAGGCUGGGCAAAUCUACAAAAUAUGAGCUACAAUAAUGGAAAACUAAGAGUUUUACGAGAUGGAUUCUACUUUGUUUAUGCAAAUAUUUGCUUCAGACAUCACAAAAGUUCAUCGAAUUUUGUAGAAACCGUACGGGGCAAGCCUCUGCAACUAAUGUUGUAUAUAUGCAAAAUAAGCAAAAACGGGAGAGAUUUACAUACGCUUAUGAAAGGAGGCAAGACAGAGGUUUGGACAAAUGAUACAGAUUAUCAUUUUUAUUCCAUUUAUCAAGGAGGUGUAUUUAGACUACAGGCCGAUGAGGAAAUCCUUAUACAGUCAUCUUAUACACAAUUACUAGACCCAACACAAGAAGCAACAUACUUUGGUGCCUUUAAGAUAUAUGAUUGAAAACAUCUUGGAUGGAUUGUUAUAUUGAUUUGUGUUUUGAC